AUGACCAUUAAAUUCAAAACAUAUCAAGAUUAUAGUGAUACGGAUGUCAAAAUAGAAGAAGAGGACACUCAAGGUAGAAAGAAUAAAAUAUUAAAGCAAAAGUAUAAGUUAAAGACACAAGAAAUAAACUAGUUGGAGAAAACAUUUAAGACUUAAUUGUAACAUUACAGAUUAAAUAGAAAUUAUUUGAGAUAUUCAAAUUAUAAACUGAUAUUGAAUUUGAAAAUCAAUUGAUGUCAUUAUUUGGUUAAAAUCUUUUUGAUGUUUAUUAGAUUAUUACAUAUAAACAAAUAUUUAUAUUGUACUCUCUUCAACAAGGAGGCUUAUAGUGUUGA